AUGACGGCUCUAACAAAAACAUUACAAAUUCUCGCUGCGUUGGCAACUCUGCUCGGUUGCAACAUCUAUAGCUAUGCCCCAGAAUGUGGCAAGUUUAAACGACGUCAAGCACUGCAAUUCGUCAUCUCGCUGAUGCACUUCAUCUGGAUUCGCCCAUGGAUGUAUCUUUCCAUGACUCUGUACUCCAUCUUUUAUAUCAAGCACUUUCUGCAGAUAUUAUCGCUAACUGCGAAUCCCAAUGAUUAUGGCUUGCAAAUGGUUUACUAUAUCAGCGCCAUCAUCUUGCGGUAUCAAUACAUAGUCGUGUGUGUGGCUUUCUUGUAUAUCUAUAAACACUUCAAGGACGAGGUGCAAACGAUGCUCAACGAAUUUGUGCUUAUUUAUUGUGAGAGUAUAAGACUCAAUGGAAAUGAACCUGCCAUCAAUUGGUGGCUAUUUCUUGUGUAUGUAAAAGAAUCUUUUAUUCCUGCUGCGGAUAUGUUUUCCGAUUAUCAAAUCAGUCGUUUGCCCUACGUUGGACCUGAAUCCGUAAUCAGCAGGUUUUGCAGUCUAUCGGUUGUCUUAUUUGUUUGCCUUCAGCCUUUUGUGCUCUCAAUGCUCGUUCAUUUGGGACUUUUGCUGCUGCAUGGCUGCUACAAACAGCAGUUGCAACUCCGACGUUGCCACUCAGCUGCCGCACACAAAGAGCUCUUGCAUCACUAUAUGGCAUUGAUGAAACUACGGAAAAGUUUUGAACCAUUCUUCCGUCCAUUCGUUUGGACAGCUCUUAUAGCAGAUCUCACGGCAUUUAUGCUCUACUUUCAUAUAUUUUUGUACGAUCAGCAUAAUAUUUGGCAUUUUCUUCACACCUCGGUUUACACAAUGAUAUAUCCACUUUGUCUGCUGCAACAAUGUCUCUCAAUUAGCUCAAUUGAGAAGCAGUUUGGAUCGCAAUUACUUCGCUUUAGAAAGAAUAGCACGACACAAUCACAGCUGCAAAUCUUUUGCCUUUACAAGUUGGUUCUAUUUAGUGCCAGGGAUCGCAGCCAUUGGAAUAUUUUUCAAUAUAAUCGCAGUCACAUUCUCGAGUGUUUCUACUAUAGUUGGGUUUUGUCCAUGUUUACAAACAGUUUGCUCGUUGCCUCCCCAGAGGCUUGGAUAAAGCAUUACAAUCUGACGCAUUCUUAA